CAACAUUCCAACUUCCAAAUCCAAACAACUACGGAAGUGCCACUUCCAUGUGUUUCUCACGUGCCAAACGCAUUUUGAAAGCUCCGGAUUUUCCUAGGCAAAACACACACACACACCCACACAUUACAGGCCUAAUCCUACUCAUAGUACAGUACUAUAAAUUCACGUUAAACCUCAGCCCAGCAGCCACUUCUAUAUAUAAUAGGGUUCUUCCGUUACUCGUUUCUUCACAUUUAGAAAGAAAAAAUUUCAAGACAUUCUUAUCAUCUUUUCUUCGAAUUAUAUUUAUAAACCCUUUAAUUUGUUGAUCAUCAAAAUUCAAAUGGCUAAUUCAUUCAAAGCUGGUGAUCUUCUUCUGUUUCAGUGUUCGCUGCUUUUGGUGUUGAUGUUUGCUUCUUGUUCCCAAGCAAGGGAAUUUGGUGUAGGUGGAAGAGGGAGUUACUGGAAAAUCCCAUCUUCUCCAGAUGCUUACAACAAAUGGUCUUCCAUUAUUCGGUUCCAAAUUGGAGAUUCUCUAGUUCUGGAGUAUGAUGCAAACAAUGAUUCCGUUCUGGAAGUUUCUGAGGCAGACUACAACACCUGCAACAAGGAUAACCCGAUCAGAGCCUUCCAUGACGGGAGAACCAGGAUCCAGUUGGACCGAUCCGGUCCGUUUUACUUCAUCAGCGGUGCCGAUGGCCAUUGUCAGCAAGGCCAGAAACUGGAGGUCCGUGUCCUCUCUCCGAGACAUGGUUCAAGGGUUCAGGCUUCUCCGGCACCAGCUCCUUUCGCGUAUGCUCCGGCGCCUGCUCCAGCCAACGGUGGACAUUUAGGGCUAAAGCUUGAGAUUGGUGCUGUGGUCCUUGGGAGUUUGGUUGCUUUUGCAUUGAUGCUUUAAGUAGUUUGGUCAUUUUGGAUAUGAUGAUUAAGAGACAAUGUGAUGAAGGACCAGUAGACGGUUAAAGUUAGUACCUAAUGUAAUGUGGUAUCGUCUAUGAUCAGUCUAUGACUAUUAUAUAUGGUUUGGAUAAUUGGAUCUGCUCUUUGAUUUUUAGUCUUAAUUUUGAAAGUUGUUAGUUUCCUCAAUCGUUUUAUAAGGGUUUUUAAAG